AUGGUCCCAAAUGAAGCCCAUCAAAACAUGGGAAUUAUCUACUUGCUGAAAUAUUUCAGAUGGACAUGGGUUGGGCUAUUUGCCGUGGAUGAUGAUGGUGGAGAACAUUUCUUGAAGGCCCUGGAACCACAGCUUUCUCAAAAUGGAAUCUGUUCAGCCUUUGCUCUGAGAAUCCCCAAACAAGCAAUUCGGUUUACACCUGCUGUAUUCCAUAACAUACACUCUGAUCUAUAUGAAUGUUUUACAGAUAAGAAAGUCAGUACAUUUGUCUUCUAUGGAGAAACCAUGUCUGCCAUACUGCUGACAAUCUUGACAACGCAUAUAGAGAAAAACUUUGGGAAAGUGUGGAUCAUGACGGCUCAGAUGGAUUUGACUUUACUGGGAUUUCAGCCAGACUCAGACUGGCAACUUUUCAGUGGCAGCAUUUUCUUCAGUGUUCAUACAAAUCAGCUCCAAGGAUAUAAUACAUUUCUACAGACCAUAAACCCCUCUCAGAUGCAAGGAAGUAGUUUUCUCAAGGAAUUCUGGGAGCUGGUAUUCAACUGCGUUUUUCCAGAUAAAGGAAAGCCAGUAAUGGAUGAUAAAAUUUGCUCUGGGGAAGAGAGGCUGGAAAGUCUUCCUGGACGUCUUUUUGAAAUGAACAUGAGUGGCCACAGCUACAGUAUCUAUAAUGCUGUUUAUGCCAUAGCACAUGCUUUCCAAGCCAUGGAAUCUUUUAGAUUAAAACACAGAGCAACAGCGGAGGGUAAAAUUACUGAACUUCAAGACCUCAAGCCUUGGAAGAUGCAUCCUUUUCUUCAAGGCAUUUCAUUUAACAAUUCAGCAGGAGAAACUGUUUCUUUUAAUAAUAAGAGGGAAAUAGUAACUGUUCUUGAUAUUAUGAACAUGAUCGUGUUUCCAAACAAGUCCUUCUUUAGAAUGAAAGUUGGAAAGAUGGAUCCCAGGACACUUGAAGUCAUUAUAAACAAGGAUCUAAUUGUGUGGCCCAACUAUUUUAAUCAAGUGCUGCCGAUUUCAUUGUGCAGUGAUCCCUGCUAUUCUGGUUAUCAGAAGAAAAAGAAAGAAGGGGAGAAAUUUUGCUGUUAUGACUGCAUUCCAUGCCCAGAAGGGAAGGUUUCAGAUGCAAUGGAUAUGGAUAAUUGUAAUGAAUGCCCAGAAGAUCAGUAUCCAACAACGGACAAAGAUGGAUGCAUCUCCAAAGUCAUAACUUUUCUGUCUUAUGAAGAGCCUUUAGGGAUUGGUUUAGUUCUGAUAGCUGUCUUCUUUUCUUCCCUGACAGCUGUGAUACUAGGGACUUUCAUUAAGUACAGAGACACCCCCAUAGUCAAAGCUAACAACCGACACAUCACUUACACUCUCCUCAUCUCCCUUUUGCUCUGCUUCCUUUGUUCUUUCCUCUUUCUUGGAAGACCUAAGAAAGUGACCUGUUUUCUCCGGCAAUCAGCUUUUGGUGUUAUCUUCUCUAUGGCUGUUUCUUGUAUCCUGGCCAAAACCAUCACUGUGGUUGUUGCUUUCAUGGCCACCAAACCAGGGUCAAGCAUGAGAAAGUGGGUGGGGAGAAGAUUGUCCAAUUCUAUUAUCCUUCCUUGCUCCCUUCUUCAAGCCAGUAUUUGUACAGUAUGGAUGGGAACCUUCCCCCCAUUCCCAGAUUUGGAUACAUGGUCAGAGACUGCACAGAUUGUGGCAGAAUGCAAUGAAGGGUCCACCAUAAUGUUUUAUCUUGUCCUGGGCUACAUGGGAUUUCUUUCCAUCAGCAGCUUCACUGUGGCUUUCCUAGCUAGGAAGUUGCCAGACACUUUUAAUGAAGCCAAGUUCAUCACCUUCAGUAUGUUAGUGUUUUGCAGUGUUUGGUUGUCUUUUGUUCCAACCUACUUGAGCACCAAGGGGAAAUAUAUGGUAGCUGUGGAGAUUUUCUCUAUCUUAGCCUCUGGUGCUGGGUUAUUGGUUUUUAUAUUUUUCCCCAAAUGCUACAUCAUUAUACUGAGGCCUCAUCUGAACAACAAGGAGCAACUUAUAAGGAGAAACAAUUCUAGAAUCUAA